AUGAACGCAGCAUCAAGCGAAAGACCCCCUGUGAGCUCGCUGGCGCGACGCAUCCAUGGCUGGUCCUGGCAGGCGUUCCCCAUCGGCAUGGGCACAGGCGCCGUAUAUGUCGUACUCUCCGGUCUUCACCAUCGGUCUCAACCAGUGAUCGUUAUCGAGACAUUCUUUUUCUUCCUCAACAUCGCUUUGUUCACCUUGAACUCGACAACAUUACUGCUCCAAGCUAUCCUGUACCCAAGGCAGGCCCUGAGACUUCUCAAGGAUCCCGUCAAGGGCAUUUUUGUACCGCUUGUCGUUUUGUCCCUCGCUACAAUUAUCAUCGGCACGAUUAACUAUGCAUGGCCAACAGGACACGUAGGGUCGGACUUCGUAUACGCGCUAUUUUGGGUCUACACGGCCUUUGCGGUGUUUACCUGCUUCCCGAUGUUGAUGAUAUGGUUCAAUAAUCCGCACGACCUCUCCCAUUUCACCCCCGCUUAUGCGUUCUUGAUCUUCCCAAUGAUGCUUGUAGGUGUAGUCGCGUUCAAUGUCCUCAAGGUUAUGGAUCCCGCGGAUAACCGUGCACUGGGUGUCUUGCUCACGGGAUACUUUUUCCAAGGCCUCGGAUUCUUCAUGACGUUCAUUUACAUCUGCAUCUACAUUAUCAGGAUCAUGAGUACGGGAUUUUUAGAAGGUCACCAAGCCAACGGUGCAUUUGUCGCCUGUGGACCUCCUGGUUUCACCGCUCUCGCACUCAUUAAUCUCGGGAGCCGUGCAAGGGAGAUUCUUCCGAAACAUGACCUUAUCUCCCCUACUGCGGGCGAGAUCUGGUUCUCUGCGUCGAUCAUGGCAGCUCUCAUGCUUUGGGGAUUGGCCGUCUUCUUUUUCUUCUUCGGCGCUCUCCCAUAUUGGUUCAAGCUUCAUAAGCACCUCAACGAAAUUCUUGGAUGCUGGGCUUUGACCUUCCCCAACGUUGGUUGGAUUGCUACCAUGCGAUUGUUCGGCGAUAUAUUCAAAGUCAGGGGUUUCUAUGUCACCCACGCCAUCAUGGCGGUUCUCAUCUGCCUUGCCUGGCUCAUCCUUUUUGUGCUCACGCUCAUCGCUUUCUGGAGGGGCCUCAUCUUCCACUCGAAAGAUGAAGAUGUCAUUAAGGAUACGCUCCCUGAGGCCGUCGAAGAAGAGGACGAUGAUAUGUCGAUUUACGACAAGAAACCCGACCAUCACCACGGACGAGAUAUUUCUGGCCCCAAUAUGAGAUACCUAGACGUACUACUUUCAAUGGAUGGUUAG